AUGGUGCCUCUGGCUGCUCUUAUUAUCCUCAGCACGGUAGGACUUUUCGCCACAGGCACAUUCAUCUUCGCAAUAUACUACACGACCAAGACCAGACUAGACGCAAGAAGACUGCAGAACCUCGAAGCAAAGCAAGAACUACAUACCCCACUUAGGGAAACAGCAGCAGAGCCUGGCCUCAACUCUAGAAGUGGCACGCCACGACCACCGCGUCCACCGACGCCUGAAGCAGAGUUUCCACCUCCGCUCCCAGAUGACCUAGUGAAGCAGACAACUGGUAAAGAUAGUACCGUAAUAGCCCGAGCAGAGACACCACACCCAUUCUUCCUCCCCCCAACAACUUAUCGGCAUACAACUCCGCCACCACAAAGCUCUCUCCGACCGCCUACCCCGGGAGCUGAGUACCCGCCACCCUUACCACAAGACUUCCCUGGCCGGGCAGUCUCUCCUUUACCACCUCACUCCCCUCUUCUUCCUCCUGCUCCCUCCCUCUCACCGCCGACUAAGGGUCCACCCAGAGCGAGAUCCAGGAGCAGAGGCAGGAACCCAAACCCGCGCCCACCUUGCCCCACAGCCAAAGACAGACCAGACAGCAUGCACGAGAUUUAUGAUAUUUACAGUCAACUGCCUCCUACGCCAAAGGCUACACCCAAGAGUGCCCCAUCGAUGGUCACGACGUUCGCGCAAGCGGAGAGCAAGUGGGCUUAUUUUGGGGAAAAGAGGGCGGAAAGUCAGACGAGGGGAAGGGAAGUGAAAGUGAACAUGGUGUGA